AUGGACAAAAUUCGCUGCCGUCUAGCGAUUUACGCAUACUAUAUCAAAGAGCCGACCAUUCAAGUCGAGCGUGCAUAUACCCCGCUUUUCAUGAUGCAUAAAAUAGAUCCUACCAUGUUGCAUUUUACUAUCAAGCGUUAUGGCAGUGGUGAGCUUUCGCGCUAUUUGUACCGCAUCCCUACAGGCGCAACAGUGUCGCUUCGUGGACCUGAACUGACGUGGAAGUUGGAUCCCAGUCUCGAUGUGCCUAAAGAAGUUGUCAUGCUUGUUGCAGGAACUGGCGUGACAACAGCGCACCAGCUGCUUUCCAAUGUGUACGACAAAGCUCCGUUACCUGCUACCCCCAAAAUCUCUGUUUUGUAUGCUGCACGGUCUAUGGAUGACCUUUUACUGAUCCCUGAAUUGGCUGAGUACCAAAAGAAAUACCCAGGAAAAGUGAAAUUGCAUAUAUGGACAGAAAGUGAGCCUUCUUCCCUGCAUGUCAUUGCCACUGUAUAUUGGCCGACCAACGCAAGCACAGCUGCAAUUGUGGUCGCCUCAGAAGCUUGGUGA